UGUGUGUGCAACCUGAGCACAGAGCGUCCUCGCUCUUCAACAGGGGGGAGUGAGAGCCGGCUCCAACUUUCUCUGGGCAGGCAGGCAGGCAGGCAGGCGUUCAGCACUUUGCCAGGAUGGAGAGCGGAAUAAUAAAUGGAGCUGGAUUUCCACAGGAGUUUCAUUAAAAAAUGAAAAGCAGGGGGAAGCAUUAAUGGUGGCGUGUGGUAAUAAGAAAUUGGCGGGGCACGUUUUCUGCGCGUGUACUCGGCGGCGUGUCUUUCCACCCUGCGAGGCAGCAGCGGGUCUAUUUUUAGAAACAAUGUUGCGGUAGAGGAAUCAAUCAAACUGGGGCUAAAACAGUGUUUUCAUGACAAUCUGCUGCUUUUUCACUGCUGCAAUCUGCUGAGCCUCCUCUCUGCGCUCUGCCGGGUCAUGGGGACAGGACGGUGCAUUUCUAUCUAUAACAUCUCAGCUGAUGCCAAAUGAUGCCUUUUCCUCUCCUGCUCUCCAGGAAAGCACACCGGUGGACUGCAAACUUUUGCACCAUGGAACCCACUACACUUUAUGGCAACAGCUGCUGCAAUGCUUUGGGGUGCUCUUGUAGUUUUGUGUCUUUUUCCAGUCUUAGAAUUUAUAAAGGACAUUGCAAUUUGGGGAUGUGAGUGAGAUUUAUUUAAUGAUAAUGAACUAAAUGAGGAAAAAAGCAUACUGUUUUUCAUAUUCUGGUUACUUCUAUUAAGUGUGAGCACAUUAUUUUCUGCUGGCUCCUAUGGGAAUUAAGCACUCGUCCCGCUGCAUGCUCCUCAGGAGAAAAAUGGCGGAGUCUGAGAGCAUUGAGCAACCACAGCCACAGCCGCGGCCAGUCCGCAUAAUUCCGUCCCAAUCGGCGCAGCCCACCUCGUUGCCCAAGCCGGUGCCUUCCAUACAGCAUGCCUCACGGCCUCCUCUGCCACCGCACACGCCCCACGCUGCCAGCCUCCCUAGCUGUCCUGGGCGGGGGAAGAUGUCCAAGUUCCUUAGCCCGGAGGAGAUGACCUCACGAGACUACUACUUUGACUCUUACGCCCACUUUGGCAUUCAUGAGGAGAUGCUGAAGGACGAAGUGAGGACGCUCACCUACAGGAACUCCAUGUACCACAACAAGCACGUCUUCAAGGACAAGAUAGUGCUGGACGUUGGAAGCGGGACCGGGAUCCUGUCCAUGUUUGCGGCCAAGGCGGGGGCAAAGCACGUGUAUGGGAUUGAGUGUUCCAGUAUAUCAGAGUACUCAGAGAGGAUCAUCAAGUCCAACCACCUCGACAGCGUGAUCACCAUCUUCAAAGGAAAGGUGGAGGAGGUGGAGCUUCCCGUUGAGAAGGUUGACAUCAUAAUAUCUGAGUGGAUGGGCUACUGCCUCUUCUACGAAUCCAUGCUCAACACCGUCAUUUUUGCCAGGGACAAGUGGCUGAAACCCGGUGGAUUAAUGUUUCCUGACCGUGCCUCCCUGUACGUGGUGGCCAUAGAGGACAGACAGUACAAAGACUUCAAAAUACACUGGUGGGAGAAUGUGUAUGGCUUCGAUAUGACCUGUAUCCGAAAUGUGGCCAUGAAGGAGCCACUGGUGGACGUAGUGGACCCCAAACAGGUGGUGACCAACUCCUGCCUUAUCAAGGAGGUGGACAUCUACACAGUGAAGGCUGAGGAUCUCUCAUUUACCUCAGCGUUCUGCCUGCAGAUCCAGAGGAACGACUACAUCCAUGCACUGGUCACCUACUUCAACAUCGAGUUCACCAAAUGUCAUAAGAAAACUGGUUUCUCCACUGCACCAGACGCUCAAUACACCCACUGGAAGCAGACAGUGUUUUACCUGGAGGACUACUUGACUGUGCGGAGAGGAGAGGAGAUUGUCGGCAGUAUUGCUAUGAAGCCCAAUGAGAAGAACAUUCGCGACUUGGACUUUACCUUCGAGCUGGAUUUCAAAGGGCAGCUGUGUGAAGCGGCCAUAUCUCACGACUACAAGAUGCGUUAAAAGUUUGACCGGGGGACAUUGUUGGUCCACUGAGAACAACCCCUGAGCAGCAGAGGGAGACAGAGACACUCCCAUGACCACAGACAGACACAUAGUGUGAUGUAAGAGGGGACAGAAUAAGAGAAAAGACCAGGCCCAAGACCAAGCAGAGGUGGCCCCGUUGACAACAUCACUAUUGUCACUCCAGCGUUUGACGAAGGCAGGAAGUUACUCAUGCUGACUGUUAAACAAUUCUGAAUGUAACGCCAACAAAAAGAGGUCAGGAAUAUUUCCUAGUCUCGAUGAAUGUUAUUGAUUAUUGAUGUGCGUAUAUGUGAGAUGGAGUGAUGUACCUGUGUGUUUUGCUGAAUAUUUGUUUUAACAAUAACCCGGACCUUAUGGAGGGAUAGUCGCCAUCUUUUAAAUUACAGUAGAGCUCAUGUAAUCAAUUACUGUAUCAUCCACAUUCUGCUAUGAGUAGACAAUAAAUUUAAGGUGUAGUUCUUAUGUCAUAUUCUGUACUGUAGGGAAUGGUUACCAGACAAACACUUUUUUCAUUUAUAGUUCUAUCAAUUUAACCAUGUUGGGAAACUUACAGCAAUCAACACCACAGCCAAGGACAACCCUGCAUACGUAUAUGUAUGUGUAACGUGAAAGGUAACACGUGUUUGCAUAGUCAGUGUACUAGUAGCUUUGUGUGUGUGUGUGUGUGUGUGUGUGUGUGUAAUAGAAGAUGUCACACUGUUGCACAGCUCGGACUCCAGAUGUGCCCUGCCUGUGUUGUCAGUUUAAGAAAGUGAUGUUGACAUGCCAAUAACAUACCUUCCCCCAUCCUCAAUGCCUUGACCAAGUGCCAAAGUGUUCCUAGUUCCACUGCUGGAUUAUGUUUUAUUUUGAUAGUGUCAUAUGUAGAUGCUUGCCACUCUCCUUUCAUUGGUUUAUUAAUGUUAGAUGUCACUUAAAUCACAGGCCUAAGCCAUGAAGCUUCUUCGGUCUGCAUCCAGGCACAAUUCAUGUCAAGAAAUCUAGGCCCACAUAGCAACUAGCUCUCUGAUAUCAGAGAAGUAUUUUAAUAAUGCAUGAUCACCCACAGGACCCCUGUACCAAUAUCUUGGUUUGACCCUCAUGAGGCUACGAAUUACAUUUCUUGUAACAAGCUAGUUUCUGGAGUACCCUCACACGAUGUGGUACCAGAGUUUACAGGCUGUAUCUCAGACUAAAAUGCAUUGCAUCGCACACAGUUCCAGCAGCAGUGCAUUGAAGCUGAUGAAAACCAUCUUUCCAUUUCACCUGUGCUCUUACUAAGGUCAAUGAAUACUGUAGGUGUUCUUCAUUAAGACACACAUUGAUCUGGGCAAACAUUAUGUCACAUUAAAGGAAUACUCCAGCCACAAAAGACUAUUUGUAUAUGAAUUAUUCACCCCGUGUUAACAUUGGAAUAGGGAAGAAAACUUUAUUUUUCUCGCAUGUCCCCACAGUGAACGAAGAAUCCAAAAAUUGAGAAAAUUCUUGAUGAAUUGAAGUAAUAGGGGUCCACAUUUAACAACAGCAAAACUAUACGAAAACACAUGCACUUCACUUAAACUGUACUAUUUAAAGCACUUCCUCGUAAAUAUUGGAAGUGCACUACAUUUCUGUGCAUGAGACUGUUUAUGUGAAGGUGGGAUUUGAUUUUUGGCAAAAUCAUGUGUUUUGAAAGCACUGCACAUAUGACUGGAUAAAUGAGACUUGGAUUAUGUAAAUGGCUGUUUUGAUAUAGUUUUGAUAUAGUUUUGCUGUUACUCCAAUUCAUCAAGAAAUUUCUCUGCUUUGGAUUCUUCGUUCAGUUUGGAGGCACGGAGAAAAGCAAAGUUUUGAAGAAGUAUUCCUUUAAUAAUCCUGGUGCAGGGGUCGGCAACCACAGAGAACAAUACAAAAUAUAAUAAGUUGUUUAUUUUUUUAAAGCCAUCUACUAAUAUAUUAUCUUUCCCAGACUGUAAUUAUGUGUUAUAUGAUAUUGCGUCCAGUGACAGCCAAGAACCAGCCUCUAUUCCCACGUCUUAUAUGUGCAGAGGCCCUAAUGAAUCUCUUUAGGGCUGUAACCAAACGCACAGUAUGAGCACCUGGGAGCACCAUGGAGGAAACUACAUUUAUAAAGCAUGCAACUAAUGCUCGUAACAAUCAACAAAUAGCGGGGUGUCCAACUGACUGCUGCCGCCUCAGAGCACACAGUUCUUUUAAUCCUGCAUAUUUUACCAGAUGCUGGCCGGUACAGUUAUGCAAUAUAAAGUUAUGUUAUGCUUACAACCAACUAUACAUGAUAAGUCACAUUAUUUAUUUAUAAAGAUACUCAUAUUGAAAGCGCACCUGUGGAAUCUGUCCAGUUGCAACUUAAUGGAAAACUUAUUCUGACAGUCAGCUGCUCAAACUACACACAGACCUAGUUUGCCAUAUAGUUUAUAAGUUAUAACAAUGAUAAUAAAUUGGCAUGUUAAUU